CAUCCCACAACUAAGACGGAUCGAAUACUACAACUGGAUCUAGUCUAGUCAUCUACCUACAGAGCUACGGUACCUAAUCAAGAAGUUGAAGAAGACUUGGCUAAUUAAUGAUAGAUCUAGAUCUCUAUAUCUCUUUUUCGCUAAUGAUUGCUUAGAUUUAGAAGAUCUAUUAUAGAUUUAGAUCAUUUCUAAGUUUUUAACACUAAUAAACAGGAAACCGGUUGAGAAUAAACUUCACAAGAUACAUAUUGCAGCUGAGAACUACAUAUACAUCCUUACUCUACAUAGGCCAAGAAGUUACUGAGGUUUUCACUUGGUGUGGUUUAUGCUAGGAAUCUUAAAACCUGUUCAACAAUGAAUCCAGAUGAAAUGCGAACCCCAAAUGCACCACUAUUACCUGGACAAGUGUGUCGUUUGUAUAGUAUGAGGAUGUGUCCAUAUGCACAGAGAGCACGUUUAUUAUUGGCUGCCAAGAAAGUUAGCUAUGAUCUAGUCAAUGUUGAUCUAAACAAAAAACCUGAUUGGUUCUUUGAUUAUAACCCAUACGGUGAAGUUCCAGUGCUCUUGCACAAUAACGGCUAUGUUUAUGAAUCCUUAAUUACAGCAGAGUAUAUUGAAGAAGCUUUUCCUGAACCAAAACUUUAUUCUGUUGAUCCUUUGGUCAGAGCUCAUGAGAAAAUUUAUUUCAAUCAUUGGACUAAAAAGGGAAUACCAGCAUUCUACAGCUUGCUAAAGAUGGGUUAUGCAGAGCCCGAAGCAACAAAAAGAUUGCACCAGCAUGUUGAGGUGAUGGAAGGUUUUUUGAAGAAGCUGGGCAAACCAUAUUUUCAUGGUCACACAGUGGGUUUCUCAGAUUACAUGAUUUGGCCUUGGUUUGAGAGGAUACCAGUUUUGAAAGACAUUAAUGACUUUAAUAUUUGUCCUACAACAUACCCAAACCUCACAGCAUGGAUUGAGAGAAUGUGGAAGGAUCCAGUCGUCCUAGAAUGUAGGAUUGAUCCAAAGCUAAUGACGGAUCAUUAUGCCCAGUACAGAACAGGAAAACCAGAUUUUACAAUUGGAGCAGAGAAACCUGCACAAGUGAUUCAAGAACCCUUGGAAAAUUUAGAUGGACUUAGAGAUCCAUCCACAAGAGACAGAAUUAAGAAAGAAUAAAAUUGUCCAUUUAUGUAAAGCACUGCAGUCAGGAAAUAUGUUCCAUAAUCAGUCCUUUUGAAUGAUCUAACUAUAGAGCCUGUUUCUAAAAUUCAGUAUAUGGCUUAUUUUGUAAGGGUAAAUACAUACAUUGUCUUUCCAAGUUCCAUCAAAGCAUGGAGCAGUUAGCCUGGAUAUCCAGAAAAAAAAUAUAAUGUCAUACUUACACGAGCAGUUAUUUAAACAGAUGUGGUUAGAAAUGAAAGCCUGUAAAUUAUCAGAAGAUUUGAGAUGUAAAGAAACAUUGUAACAAGACGAUCCAAGUAUCGUAACAUUUCAUGCGUAUCUUUUCCAUAGCAAUAUUAUUACUUGUAUAUUAUAUUGUCCUAAUCAAGUUAGUAUUGCUUCUAUUAGUCUGUUUUCUAAAUAUUAACACCCAGUUACUUCUUUAUGUUAAAAUCACUUUUUAAUAAAUGUAUCAAUGUCACUGUUUAUCGCUACAUAUUCUACUAAUUUCAUUGCAUCAUUGAAGUAAAAUUUAUGUUUAGGUUUUAUUCUUCAUAUCAGUUGUCACCACAGGACAUGUGGCAAAAAUUUUUUUUUUAUAUUUAUUGAUAUUAACUCGAUAUUAUUAUAUUCAGUCUAUAUUGUUAAGACUUGGCAGUGAACUAAAGAAAAUAACUCACAGAUUCUCAGGUCAUUGGUAUCUUUCUGAUUGCAGAAGCACAAUCCAACUGUUAUCAGUCAAUACUCUCAGGAGUAAAUAACUUCACAAUACUCCAAUUAAAAUUUACAUAUCCCAAUUCUCUAACACAAAAACAAUCCUCAAUUCUCAGUUGAGAAAUCAAAAAAUCAUAACAAAGGUUUAUUAUGACAUUAACACUCCAGCUGAUGCCAUUUACGCCCAUGACCAUAACAAAAAUUACACUACUUUGCAUGUGAAAAAAAUAUGGUUAGUCGGGGUAACAGGUUUACAGUAAUGUAUUAAAUUGUUUAAAGUCCUGCAAAAAUCAUUCUGCCUGGCCAGUAAUAAAUACAGAUAACAUAAGAUUACUAUCAAUAUUCUAGCUACUUCAAUUUAUAAAUAUAUAAUACUUUUCGGAUGUGAGAGGGUUAACUUGUUUGUUACAGUUUCUUUUUUUUUUAUAAUUUAUAAAAUGUAAAGUAUUUUAUGAAUUGUGUGAUUUUCCUUCAGUUAUAAUUAAUAAAUGUAAAAUCCAUAAAUCUUUGAUUAAAAAUGUUCUUGUUUGAAAACAAUUUUUUUCUUAGAAUUUGUUUUUUUUGUUUAAUCUAUUAUUGAUUUGAUGCAGUUUGGUAGAUCCAGUUAUUUUCCAUGAAGCUUUUAAUGUGUUUAUGACUAUUGUGGAAUUUCAUAAAACAAGAUCAAAGAGAUCUUUCAUUGCAAGAAUUGAAUCUCAGGACAGAGUAGUGUAAUCUUAUAUUUAAUUUUUAUUGUCAGAUCUAUUGAUGAGGUGUGGUGGCUGAGCAGUGAAGCGCUUGGCUUCCGAACUGGAAGUCCCUGGUUUGAAUCCUGGAAUUUUGUAUUUCAGGAUCUUUGGUUGCCUCUGAGUCCACCCAUCUCUAUUAGGUACCUGACAUUAGUUAGGGAAAGUAAAGGCGGUGGGUCAUUAAACUGGCCACAUGAGACCCUCGUUUAUCGUGGGCCACAAAAACAGAUGGCCUUUACAUCAUCUGCCCUAUAGAUUGCAAGGUCUGAAAGGGAAGCUUUUUUUUUUUUUAUUGAUGAACUAGAUUAAUUUACAAUCAUUUUUAAAAGUUGAGAAAAAAACUAAUGUUUGGAUAUCCAUAACUCAAGCAUCUUUACCGUGCUGUUACACUGGCCUCUUUUUUAAUUGUGAUGAACAAUAUUUUUUUCUCAUUCUUUAAUUUCUACAUAUUAUUUGGGAUCUAUACAAUCAUACUCAAUAACUAAUGCAUCAUUGUAAUAGUCUUUUACAUUAGACUGUAUGAAUGUACUUCUAAGUUACACAAGGGGGUUAUGUAUAUAUAUAUAUUUUUUUUUUUACUGCAAAUUUUCAUACAGACCUUACGUUUGUGUUAUUAAUUUUAUUGUUUAAUUAUAUUUAUAUAAAAUUCUUGUUUAACUCAUUGAUAAUUCUGUUAUUUGUGACUUUGUUUCAAUAUUGCAUUUUGGAAAUUAAAAAAAAGACACACUUAUAUGUAGUGUGUGUUUAUUUUCUACAGUAUAUCUACUUCCAUUGAAAUCAGUGUUGAUUGUUCAUGUUUUUCUAGUAUUGUUCAACUUUCAAUGAAUCAGACCAAAGAUUAGUCAUAAAUAGCCUAUACAUACCUUUUGUUUACAAACUAGUUGUUAAAGUGUGAAUAGUAAAGUUUCAGUUUUAUUGUA